AUGCCUGCGAAGGAGCUGCCAAUGGUGCUGGUGGCUGCACUAGUGACUCUGGUCGCUGCUUGUGGGACAGAGCUGAAUGAAAAGAAUGGCCUGAGAAGGCCGGUGUGUGGAGACCUGAUCCAUCUGCAGGCCUGCCCCCUCCUGUACUUGCCUGUCUGUGGGACUGAUGGAAACACCUACACCAAUGAAUGUCAGCUCUGCGUGGAGCAAAUGAAAUCCAAACAAGAUAUCCAGAUUUUGAGAGAUGGGGAAUGCCAACACAUAUGAGCUUUCUGAUAGCUUCCCUCAGCCUAGAACCAGG